AUGUACACCACGGUGACCCAACGAGGAGUGUCUUUUAUGCCGUCUUUCUCAGAUAUUUUUCGUGGUAAUUUCUUGAGGAAAGACGACACCGCGGAGGACCAGAAGCCCACCGAACCCCCCAAAGAAGAAAACAAUGCCAACUUGUUCGACACUAUUGAAAGGCAAGCAGCCGCCCCUCUCAAGACACAUACACAGCAUAAAUACUCGACCGCAGUAUUUAAGAUAUCUCGGCGCAAGCUUAAUUUGCUCGCGAAUCAAAUUUCUGGCAAGCCCAUCGACUCUGCCAUCCUUCAAAUGGAAUUCAGCGACAAACGGGCAGCUCGACGAAUAAAGAGCACUUUGUGCCUCGCACGAGACCACGCCGAAAUGUACAAGGGACUUGCUCGGAAUAAACUUGUUGUCGCGGAGGCGUGGGUGAGCAAAGGGGAUUACCUCCAGCGCGUGGACCCGAAAGGGCGUGGUCGGAUCGGAAGGAAACACCAUCCCUCUGCACGGAUGUCUGUUGUCUUGAAGGAGGGAAAGACUCAUGCCGAGAUCCUGGAACAGCAACGAAAAUAUAAGCUCGGUAGGAUUGUCGGAGCAGGUUUUGUACGAGAGGACAAGCCCAUCAGGAAUCCGGGUCCAGGCUGGGCAUGGUAG